AUGGAAUAUUUGUGGUGGCUCCUGCGCAGGGUCCGGGGUGCCCUGGUGGCCCUCUGGAAUUUCCUAUGGCUACAACCUCUACUUUCGUUCUUUACUACUUCCCUAGUCGUUCUUUUGAUAUCUGUUGUUCACUCAUUCACCGAAUUUUCUGUUAACCUGAAGGCACAUUCGCUCUCUCUCAACAAUUUCUCUCCUGCGUAUGUCACAGCACUCAACGAGUCUAUCAGUCUUGGUCAGCCCAUCCAGUUCAAUCCCGCGGACAACGAAACUUCUCGUGCCUCCAUCCCACGAAUUAUCCACCGAACGUACAAGACGGAAAACAUCCCUUCGCACUGGAAAGAGACCUAUGAGUCCUGUCGCACGGUUAACCCAACUUACGAGCAAUUCUUUUGGACGGACGAGACUUCUCGUCAGUUCAUUGAAACCCAUUUUGACUGGUUCCUCCCAACCUACGAUGCCUAUUCAUACAAUAUUCAACGCGCGGAUGCCAUCCGCUACUUCAUCCUAUGGUAUUACGGUGGCGUGUAUAUCGACAUGGACAUAGCCUGUCGGCGGCCACUGGAUCCGCUGCUAGACUUCUCUUCCUGGAUGCCCAAGACUCAACCCUAUGGCGUCAGCAACGAUAUAAUGGCGAGUACACCUGGGCAUCCAUUUAUCACGAAACUUGCUUUAGGCCUGCAUGACCACGACGGGUUUUACCUGUCCAAGUAUAUCACCGUGUUCUUUACAACCGGGCCCAUGUAUCUCAGCAUCACUUUAACAGGAUGGUUUCGAAAGGUACAAAAUGGCCCACACCAGCAGAUCACUAUGCCGCACGGUGUUGCCAUACUGCCUUCGAUGAUGUACGACACCACUGCAUACUCAUUCUUUAGGCACGCUCCAGGAUCCACGUGGCAUGGAAACGAUGUAGCGGCUGUCAGUUACCUCUAUAAGCACUGGCGCGAGAUCUGUCUUGGCACAGUUAUACUUGGCUUGAUAGCCUUGAUGAUCUUUAUUUUGCGGGUCAAAAGAAGACGAGCGAAAUAUACUUUGAUACUAGACAGACAAGAUGUGGAAACAGGUCAAUUGUGA